UUUGAGUGUUCAAAAAUGACUGGAAAAGCGCUAUAUAAGUUCAGUCCAUUUACCAUUUAUUUACCACAUCAAUUAUGUGUGAGGCAGCAAGUUUGACAGGUUUAAGCUCUGCCCCCAGCUGGGUGAACUAAAGCAGGAAACAGUUUGUGAUCGUUGUUUCCUGCAGAGACUCCCAGACAAUCAGAUUCACCUUCAGACCAAACUAGCAGCUUCCUCUCAGUGAGUCCAGCUGCAGGAGAGAAAAGUGGAAACCUCCAACUCUGCUGCUUCAAGCUGCUCACACUGAAGCUUCAUUCAAAGACAAAAUGGCUUCCAGGUUAGAGGAGGAUCUCUGCUGUUCAGUCUGUCAGGACGUCUUUAAGGAUCCGCUUGUUCUGUCAUGUAGCCACAGCUUCUGUAAGGAAUCUCUGAAGAGCUGGUGGGGAGAGAAACCAUCAAGAGAUUGUCCAGUUUGUAAGAGGAGAUCUUCAAGGUCUGAUCCACCUUUAAAUCUGGUUCUGAAGAACCUGUGUGAGACUUUCUUACAGCAGAGAGAUCAGAGACUUUCAGAGGAUCUCUGCAGUCUGCACGCUGAGAAACUCAAACUCUUCUGUCUGAACCAUCGAGAUCCCAUUUGCUCCAUCUGCAGAGAUUCAGAAAAACACACCAACCACAGAUUCAGACACAUUGAUGAAGCUGCUCAGCAUCACAGAGAGAAACUUCAAGAAACUCUGGAGCCUUUAAAGAAGAAACUGGAGCUCAGGAAGGAAAUUAAAGAGAAGUUUAAUAAAACAGCAGAACACCUGACGGUCCAGGCCCGACACACAGAGAGACAGAUUAUGGAGCAGUUUAAGCAGCUUCAUCAGUUUCUAGCAGAGGAAGAGGAGGCCAGGCUGGCUGCACUGAGGGAGGAAGAGGAGCAGAAGAGAGGGAUGAUGAAGGAGAAGAUGGAGGCUCUGAGCAGAGAGAUAGCAGCUCUUUCAGACACAGUCAGAGCCACAGAGGAGGAGCUGAGAGCUGAAGACGUCUCAUUCCUGCUCAACUACAAGGCUGCAGUGGAAAGAGUCCAGCGCUGCCCCCUGCUGGAGGAUCCACAGCUGCCCUCAGGAGCUCUGAUAGACCAGGCCAAACAUCUGGGCAACCUGGCCUUCAACAUCUGGAGCAACAUGAAGGACAUGGUGACCUACACUCCUCUGGUUCUGGACCCAAACACGGCUCAUCCAGGACUCCACCUGACUGAAGAUCUGACCAGUUUGACUCUAGGAGAGGAACAGCAACUUCCUUAUAAUCCAGAGAGAUUUGAGGUCGAGUGGUCGGUCCUGAGCUCUGAAGGCUUUAACUCAGGGAAGCACAGCUGGGAUGUUGAUGUUGGAGAUGGUGGAGACUUGGAACUUGGUGUGAUAGCAGAGUCUGUCCAGAGGGAGGGUGUCAUGAAAUGGUGGUGUAUGGUGGUGAGGAAAACGCAGCAGGCUCAGGAUGAGAUGAGAUAUGGUGGUUUAAUAGUAAUCCAGGAAAUAAACACAGCCCCAAAACGGUCCCAAAGCCGGGCAGCACGGCCGAGCUCAAGCCAGGGCUCGACGCCGGUAGCAACCGGUAAACGAGGGACGAGAAAACAGACUGGGCACAUGGAACUAACUAACGCCAAGAGCGGCAAAUACCGACAAGGACCCGACAAAGACACAGAGACACAGGUGACACUAAAUACACAAGAGGUAAUCAGGGAACGAGAAACA